GCAUAUAUUUUUUUGUCACCCUACUCUUCAGGACAUUGUGACUCCUCCUGAAGGUUUAUAGAAGUAAUGGAUGACCUAAAAUAGAUGCCUGUAAAAGCCUUAAUAAGACUGAGUCAACUGUUCACCAUGACCAAGGCAAAGUCCUUUUACAGCAUGCACAACUGUUUCAUGGUAUUAGAAGUGCAAAAUACAAUUAAACAAAUUACAAGUGGAAAGGGAGCCAAAUUGCCAGUUAUUAACAUUAAAUUGAUAGUAAUGCACAGCAGAAAGGCCUGGGGGAAAGCACUUUAAUAACAUGAAAAUGAAUUAUAAUGAUCAGUCUCUAACUCUCACUUUGUCUCUUUCUUUCAUACACGCACGAACACAGUGUUCAAAAUGCGUCCGGUUCUGCCAUGGAUGUGUGUGGGAUUUUGAGGAGGGCAAAUCAAGCCUCGACAUGCUUCUGUCAGUGUGGGAAAUCAACUGGUGUAUUAUUUCAGAAGUUUCUUCCGAGCUGAGGUUUCCUAUCUCAAUCUCCUUUCUGAAAAAAAAACCAGGUGGCGGGCGAGGGGAGGGGGCAACCGGGCAUGACCGAGGCCGACGGGGAGAGCGGCAGCGGUGGGCUGAAGGGGAAGGAGCCGCCGUGGCACCACCUGGACACCCCGACCGCGUGCGGCUGCCCCAUGGACGAGCACAGCAACUUCCUGCAGCCGUUCGCCCUUCAUGGGCAGUACCUGCGCAGUGCCAGUGUGCCCACUGAGAACAUCCUGCUAAGACGCCCGCUGACACUGGACCAAGACGCCUUCCGCAGACCAGCAAAGCAACGUAGACCCUCCCUAUCCCAGACCAUCAAGAGCACCGCGGGGAAGAGCGUGCGAUUUCACCAGAUGAGCGCGGUGCUGGUUAAGGGGCGCUGCUGCUCCCGCCUGAAGGGCCCGAGGCGCCAGUCACUGCCCCACAUCGUCCUCAGGGGCACGGCCGACUGGUUCGGCAUUGGCAAGGAUGCCGACACCACCCAGAGGUGGCAGAGGAAGAGCCUGCAGCAUUGUAGCCAUCGCUACGGCAAGCUGAAGGCCCAGGUGGCACGGGACAUGGACCUGGCCAGCCAGGACAACCUGUCCAUAGCCAGCACAGAGACGCCACCGCCACUCUACGUGCCCCCGCCGCAGCGGGGCAUGCAGAAGAUCGUGGACCCACUGGCCCGGGGUCGCGCGUUCCGGAACAUGGAAGAGGCGGACGCGCAAGGUGGGCCUUCCCCCCAUGCUCCUGUCACACCGGGCACCAUCUCCCUCUGCUCCUUCACCAGCUCGCGUUCUGGCUUCGCCCGGCCGCCCCGCCGACGCAAGAGGGAAUCUGUCGCCAGGAUGGGCUUCCGGGCAGCUGCGGCCCUGGUGAAGGGUCGUUCCGUGAGAGAAGGUACGAUUCGCCGAGUGCACAGACGCAGUUUCACUGCCGCCAGCUUCCUUGAAGAUGAUACAGGAGAUUUCCUCGAUGAGCUGGAUACCUCCUUCUUCACGAGGGAUGGACUUGUACAAGAUGAACUAUCUACGUACAUGGACGACGUGUUCGAGUCACCCUCCGAAGCCGCCAUCCGUGAGAAUGAUGCCAGCCAAGUGCCCGAGGAGUCUGACCUGACUGGCAGUGCCCUGGGCAAAUCUGAGUUAGAGAGGAGCCACCUAAUGCUGCCACUAGAGAGGGGCUGGAGGAGAGCGAGGGAUGGCGUCCAGGUCCAGCCUAAACUGCGCUUAUGUCAGGAGGUGGUGAGCGUGAGCGGGCCCAGACGGGGCCAGCGUAUCAUCACGCCCGUCAGGAAGCUCUUCGCCCGUGACAAACGCCCAUACGGCCUGGGCAUGGUGGGCCGGCUCACCAACCGCAUGUAUCGCAAGCGCAUUGACAGCUACGUGAAAAGACAGAUAGACGACAUGAAUGACCACAGGCCGUUCUUCACAUACUGGAUAACGUUUGUUCACUUGCUCAUUACCAUCCUGUCAGUGUCCAUCUAUGGCAUUGCACCUGUGGGCUUCUCCCAACAUGAAACUGUAGAUUCUGUUUUAAGGAAUAAGGGCGUUUAUGAGAAUGUCAAGUUUGUUCAGCAAGAGAACUUCUGGGUUGGCCCGAGCUCAGAGGCGUUGAUUCACUUGGGAGCCAAGUUCUCACCCUGCAUGCGCCAGGACCAGCAGGUUCACGACCUGAUCCAGGAGAAGAAAGCAAAGGAGCGUCACUCAGCCUGCUGUGUCCGCAAUGACCAAUCAGGCUGCUUGCAGACCUCUCAGGAGGAGUGUUCUAGUACUUUGGCUGUGUGGGUGAAGUGGCCGCUGCACCCUAGUGUUGCAUAUCUAAACGGUGAAACACGCAAUUAUGGCUCCGUUUGCCACCAAGACCCCAGGAUCUGUUUGGAGCCAGCCUCUGUCUCUCCCCACGAGUGGCCCGAUGACAUCACCAAAUGGCCUAUCUGCACCAGGUACAACACAGGGAACCACACAAACCUGCCACACAUAGACUGCGUGAUCACAGGCAGACCAUGCUGCAUUGGAACCAAAGGCAGGUGUGAAAUCACAUCCAGAGAGUACUGUGACUUUAUGAAGGGCUAUUUUCAUGAAGAAGCCACACUUUGCUCUCAGGUGCACUGCAUGGAUGAUGUGUGUGGCCUGCUCCCUUUUCUCAACCCAGAGGUCCCAGAUCAGUUUUAUCGCCUGUGGCUCUCCCUCUUCCUGCAUGCUGGGAUCGUGCACUGCCUGGUGUCCGUGUGCUUCCAGAUGACCAUACUGAGGGAUCUGGAGAAAUUGGCUGGUUGGCUGCGCAUAUCAAUCAUCUACAUCCUCAGUGGCAUUACAGGCAACUUGGCCAGUGCCAUCUUCCUCCCCUACAGGGCUGAGGUGGGGCCAGCGGGCUCCCAGUUUGGCAUCCUGGCGUGCCUGUUUGUGGAGCUCUUCCAGAGCUGGCAGAUCCUAGCACGCCCGUGGCGUGCCCUGGCCAAGCUGCUGGGCGUGGUACUGAUCCUGUUCGCCUUCGGCCUGCUGCCGUGGACCGACAACUUCGCGCACGCUUGCGGCUUUGUGUCAGGCCUGCUCCUCUCCUUCACCUUCCUGCCCUACGUCAGCUUCGGCCGCACCGACAUGUACCGCAAGCGUUUCCAGGUGUUGGCGGCACUGGCGCUCUUUCUGGGCGUGCUCACCGCGCUGGCUGUGCUCUUCUAUGUCCACCCGCUCAAGUGCGAGUGGUGCGAGCUACUCACCUGUGUGCCGCUGACGGACAAGUUCUGCGAGAGGUAUGACCUCAACGCCCACCUCCACUGAGGCCAGAGGAGGUGAGGCACGGAGGCACGGGGACUGCCGCUACGUCCCAGCCACAUCCUUGUCCUCAUCCAUCAGAGGCUCCGACCUCCUGCGUGGGCCUUCCUCCAUGAGAAAGUGUAGUUGUUUCACACUUAAUGAAGAAGAUCAAGGUUUUUAAUUGCCUUUAUUUGACAGGCUGAAAGAAAGACCCUCCCCAGGGAGGUGAGUUGAUUGGAGAAGCCACCAGUGCCUUGUAUCUUAGUACGAACUGCUGCCAUGUCUGGGUCCUGUCAGCUCUGGGUCCUGUCAGCUCUGGGUCCUGUCAGCUCUGGGUUCUGUCAGCUCUGGGUCCUGUUAGCUCUGGGUCCUGUCAGCUCUGGGUCCUGUCAGCUCUGGGUCCUGUCAGCUCUGGGUUCUGUCAGCUCUGUGUCCUGUCAGCUCUGUGUCCUGUCAGCUCUGUGUCCUGUCAGCUCUGGGUUCUUGUCAGCUCCUUUGCUCUUAACUUCAGUACCUCCACUACUACUGGAGUGGCGAAUAUUUGGUAACGUUUUAGCUACCUACUCACCUGUAAUACAGAAUACAGUGACAGUAAACUUAAUGUCCUGCG